GAACCUUCCCUUCUACUUGCUUCUUCAUCUCGGUCCAAAGCUCAAUAUUUUUCCUCUUAACCAUUUCGUUUCGGUGGCUACACAGCGCAGUCUUCGGCCAUGAUGUGACGAUUGAUCCCCUGGAAAUGGUGAUGGCGCUCAGAACAGUGUGGAGGCUAUACGGAAAUCGCCGUAGACCGUGCGUUUUGGGUGUAUGGAGAAGCCACGCCUCGAUCUCGGGCAACUCCGUGCUGGGCAUGGCGGCGAGAGAUGGCGAGUUGAGAGCGUUCGUCGUUGCAGGGGAGGUUUCGGGGGACACCAUCGCUUCUCGCCUCAUGACCGCUCUCAAGACUCUAUCUCCUUUUCCGGUUCGUUUCGCCGGCGUCGGAGGGGUGAUGAUGUCUAAGCAGGGGUUGAAAAGCCUCUUUCCUAUGGAGGAUAUUUCAGUGAUGGGCAUCUGGGAACUAAUGCCUCAUUUGGGUAAAAUCAGAGUGAAAUUGAAGGAAACAGUGGAUGCUGCUCUUCUGUUUCAGCCUCACGUUGUGGUGACAGUGGAUUCCAAGGGUUUCUCUUUCCGUCUCCUGAAGCUGCUGAGGGCUAGACAUUCUCAGCAAUAUGCGGAUGGCCCUAUUCACUUCCAUUAUGUUGCACCUUCAUUCUGGGCAUGGAAAGGGGGUCAGGCUAGACUAAAGAACCUUGCUAAGUUUGUGGACCACAUUUUCUGUAUACUCCCAAAUGAGGCCGAAGUUUGCGAGUCGAAUGGACUGUCAGCGAAUUUUGUGGGCCACCCUAUAUUAGAAGAUGCCUUGGAGUUGAAUCAGGGAGAAGAUGCUUCAAGAAUAUGGAAAUUGGCUGGGAGUAGGGAAAACUUUUGGUCCAAACACCAAGUACCUUCGGGAGGUACAAUCAUUAGCUUGCUCCCUGGAAGUAGACUGCAAGAGGUUGCACGCAUGCUUCCCAUCUUUGCAGAGACUGUUACAAUGCUAAAAUCAUCCAUCUUGGAGCUUUUAACGGUAAUUCACGUAGCACCUAAUCAGCAUGUGGAGGACUACAUAGAUGGAUUUGUCAGGAAGUGGCCAGUGCCUGUCAUAUUGAUUCCAGGAGGAGAAGCACAGCCAAAAUAUGAAGCUUUAAGUGCAAGCAGAAUUGCUUUGUGUACUUCUGGCACCGUUGCUGUGGAGAUGCAACUUGCGCGGCUACCAUGUGUUGUUGCUUACCGAGCUCAUUUGCUGACGGAGUUGUUCAUUCGCUACAAAGCAAAGAUACCAUACAUCUCUCUCCCCAACAUCCUUCUUAAUACAAGUGUCAUUCCAGAAGCUUUGUUUGAACAAUGCACACCUGGGAAACUAACCUCGUUGCUCAUGGAACUAAUCCAUGAUGAAGGGCUUCGUGAAAAACAAGCUCUGGCUGCGCCGGAAGUUAUGAAGCUUCUAUGGCCUUCAGAAAAAUUAGCAAAGGGAGCACAACGGGAAUCAAGCGGCAAGUGUUUGUACGGCAGCCCGAGUAUGAUAGCUGCAUCAACCAUCCUAGACUACGUGAAGACAACAUCAAUAUGAUGAAAGGUAUACUUCAUGAAACAAACAUACAGUACAGAUGAAACUGUUAUUUUUUAUUAGUUUGGGACUCACGCUGAUCGGGUAGAAUCAUGGACAAGAAUUUUUUUUGAAGAGAUUACGAUCUCGAAUGAUCUUAAUAUGGCCCGACUUUAUUUAUUCUAUCAAAAUUGCUUGUCGAGUUGAACUGAUCUGAGUGGAGUCCCGUUCAUGUGAGCAUCCUCCGAAAAUGGCAACCAGAUCGAUUGUGAUAAUAGACUCUAGCAGUAGGGAUGCUCUGCUUUGAUGGAUUUCAUUUUUGCACCUCAUGAUGUAUUCUAUGCUAGUCUUUUGUAUAAUAACGUGGAGUAUUUCUA